CAGUCCAUGUCCUGAUCAGCCCCGAGAGAGAGAGAGAGAGACACUCAGCUUGGUUUUAUUUGACAUGACUCCAAACCCCCUCCUCUGUAGAAAAAGUCUUGACAAACAGAAGUGUGUGUGUGUAUAAGCAGACGUUCUCCACACCGCAAGCAGGCGAUGAUUGUGAAAUGCGCUAGCAGCAGAAGCACCCAGACCGUACUUCUGUAUGGGUCAUUUCUGUGUUCUUUGGUUGGCCCUGUAACUAAUUCAGAACUGAACACUCCUGUGAUUGGGAUCCGGAGAGGAUCAAUCUUUCUUUCUGUCAACGAAUCCUUGGCAAAAGAAGUGAUCAAAAUUGAAUGGGGUUUCCAACCCAAAAAUGCCUUGGCGUUUAACUUCGCUGAAUUUCAAAAUGGAAAAUUGGAACAAACUUACAGCGACCAGUUUGAGCAGCGGGUAGAAAUGGCGAAUGAGACCACACUGAGGAUCAAAGACCUGAAGAUGGAGGAUAGUGGGAAAUAUAAAGCUCGUGUGAUAUUUUUUAGAGGACGCUAUCAAGAUCAUACAUUCGUCCUCACCGUUUAUGAACCUGUACCAAGUCCACAGAUACGCCACAGUGUAGUCUCUAACACUCCAGAUGAAUGUAAUGUCACCUUGCAGUGUGAGCCAUUUGGGAGGGAAGGACUUAAUGUCUCCUGGAAAAGAGGAAACCCACUCAGACCCUUAGAAGAAGAUGGUUUGAACUGGAUCCAGCGCUCUGCCAACAGCACAGGCGUCCACUUGACCUGGCAGUCUGGUUUCUCCAACUCCAGCAUCAUCUGCCUGAUCAGUAAUCCAGCAGGUCAGAAGAGCGUCUCAGUCGAAUUGUCCAACAUCUGCAAGAAUGAUGAACAAAGUCCAAGUGGAAGGAUGUGGCUGUGGUACCCUGCUCCUGUUGCAACAAUUAUAUUUGCUGCAGUUUUGGGGAUCUGGACCUGGAAGGAAAGGAGGAAAACGUUGAGCAACACAGGAGAUGUUUCCACACUGCCGAAGGAGAAACUCCCAGAUCUUCAAUACUCAGAAAUCAGAAAGAGCAGGAGCCCCCCAGAAGGCAAUGAGGAUCAGGAGCCUAACUUACUCUCUGAUGAGAAUCCCAGAAUGAAAACUCCGACAGUAUAUGCUGAACUCCAGCUGCCCACUCAUCCUUCUGACCAGAUCACCUAGACAAGGUCCCGGUCAGUUCCAUGUCAAAGGUUUCAGCUGUGCUGCAUUGAUUAGAACUAACAACUUGUGCGUUGUUGCUAACAUGGAAAUGCCUGAGGAAGGAAAGCGUUGUCCUUGCCUAGCUUCCCUUACGCAAAUGGUCAAAUGAACGAUUAUAUUAUUACAUUGUCUCAUACUACUAUUGGUCUCACUUCUCAGCUUUGUUUGCACACAUAUAGUUAUCAGAAAGCACGUGGACCUUCCAAAACUUCGCUCUGAUAUCCCUGAUGGCUGCCAAACUAAUUUCAAAUUCAGCCAGGCAACAUUUGUGUUUGCAAUUGUUUCUAAACUCCUGCAAAUGACAGCUAGUUGUCAUUACAUUUCCAGAGAGACUGGGGGAAAGGUUCUUUUUUUCCCCCAAUGCACCAAAAUAAUAUGCAAAACGGAGGAAAAGAGGCAAGAUGGGUGCAUGGCAGGGACGACGUCAUGUGAGUCCCGUGGCUGCAAUACCAGAUGCCAGACGUGGUGAGAGUGUGUUCAACCACUGGUGUGAGAGAGUUCUGUGUUUUCUUGCAUGCUUUUUAAAAGUGUUUUGCUGUGUGUAUAUGUGUGUGUGUGUUUGUAAAUGUAUUUUGGCUAAAUUAUAUAUCUGCAUGCAAGGAUGCUUGGCCGUGGACAUCAACAAGUAUUAAUGUGCCAGAAACAUGUGGGGAAGUCACUAAGCAGAUCUGAUUUCACACUUUGGGGGUUUCCUUGCUCUGUAAGAAAUUAACAUUGUUAGACUGUUUUUCUUUGCAAACUGCAUAACACUUGGGCAGGCCACACAUGGAGGGGGAGGACCUUUGUGGUUUGAGCAACUUUUUUGUCCCCUUCCCUGCAUGCAUUAAGUAGAGCUUAAAUACACAAGGAAGAUGGACCUUCUAUAUAUGGUUGUUGCAGUGAGAAUCAGAUGAUGCAUGGAAUAUUUUCUUUCAAAUUUGCAGCAGGGAGGGGGGGAAAGAAGCAGGUUGAGAACGUAGAAUUUGUUCUGGUGCAUGUUUGGAUGGGAAAGUGGGGGACGCACUGCGUCUCCUAGCUCUGCUCCGCUUCCCUCUUAGAACAGAAGGUAGCAGCAUCCUGUUUCGGGGAUUCUUGAGAGGAAAUUAAAUCUAGAGAGGAUGCACUAUUUGCCUCCCCCCACUCAUACUUCUAGCAACUGUUUUCAUGAUCUCUUUGAAGCUUCCUGUCUCCUCUUCUGUCUCCCUCCUCCUCCUUUAGAAGGGCUGUUAUGUAUGGGAAGCCUUGGCAUAGCUCAGCUGUUCUGCAAGAAGGGUGAGGCACGGACAGAUGAAAUUACCAGUUUGUUGAUGCAAAACUGACUUUAAAAGCAGCCAGGCAGCUACUAAAAGGGAGAGGUUCUUAAAAGAAGAAAUGGAGGCGAGAAAGGGUGAAGAGGCAGCAGCAUGGAGGCAGGGGGAGAAUGGUAGUGUGGAUUCAGGGUGGAGCAAAGGUGCAAUGAAAGGACAUCUUAGAGGCAGAGAUCACCCAUCUCAAUUCUAUACACUCCAACUGCCAGUAUUGACCAGGGAUUGUGUGGUUUCUCUCCUUUGUAAAACGCCACAUGCUUAGAGGUUUGUUUUAUCACAGCUGGUGAAUAGCUACCGAUAUACUAACGUAUCAGGAAUGUGGGAACAGUUGUAAAGCAUGGAAUAGAGGUUACGGGGCAGGGCAGGAGACAAAUGCUACUGUUGGGCUUCACAGCUGCACAUGGCCAUCUAAACCAGGGGGAGGAGGAGGGGGAGAGAUAAGAAAAUUAAUUCCAGGGUCUAAAAUUACCUAACUGCACCAUGGAGCUAUGGGGGCGUAUAUAUUGUACAUGUAAUAAAUAAAUAAAUUAGUAGUAGUAGUACCCAGAAUAGCUGUUUUUAUAAGGCUACUGUUGUUUUUAUACUUUUUAUGUUUUAAAACUUUUUAUAUUUGUUUUGAAUGUUCACUGUUUUUAACU